AAGGGGAGACGGAGCAGGAGGAGGGGGAGGAUAGGCUCCCUGCAGAGCUGCCUCCACCACGGAUCCGAGGAGGCUGCUUGGAAUGGGCACUCAACUGUCCUGACGUGGCGAUUCCCUCGGGAGCCCUGGGAGUUUGAAGACAGACGGGAAAAGGGAGAAGCCUGCAGAGAGCAUCAAAGGAUGAGGGGUGCUGUAAAAGGAACAGGGGAGUCCUUUGAAAAGAACCUAUCAUGCACUGAAAUGCUUUCUGGAGAAGGUGCCAUUAUUUGCUUCCCCUUUCGCUCAGAUGAAAGGAGCCAGCAAGGACCGUCCUGAAGUAUUCCUCAGGGGCCUUUUUGUCAUUGUUCCUUUUAUUCCCCAUGCACACGACUAUUUGCUGACCUUUCCAGAGGAAUCUCAGUCCCCUCAGUUCCAGCUGAGAAGACAGUUCUUAAUAAAAAAAAUAAAAAAAAAACCAAAAAACAAAAACAACAAAACAAAACAAAACAAUUCCUGCUGUUUGAGUGGAAGGUGCGGCUGGCUGCCGUUCUUUUUGCUGUGACAUUUUGGAAUGUCUGCAGAAACUUAAAGCAAAACACCCAAAUCUUAAAGCUCCUUGGAUUAGGCAAGAGAAAAGGAAGUUUUUGCCAAAAGAGAAGUAAAUGAGAGGUGGUAACUUAUCCCUGAUCUGGGACCUGGACGAUCAAAGCCUUCAAGUUCUAGGAAUCAGCACUUCAGCCCUAACAAAUAAACAUGAGAAGGAGUGGCCGUGGGGUAUCACACAGAGGCAGGUUUUAAAGGAAGCCUGGAACUGAUUCAGAACUUCGGGCCUGUAUGAUGCCUGAAGACCGAAAUACUGGGGGACGCCCCUCAGGUGCCUUAGCGUCAACUCCGUUCAUUCCUAAAACUACAUACAGAAGAAUCAAACGAUGUUUUAGUUUUCGGAAAGGCAUUUUUGGACAGAAACUUGAAGACACUGUCCGUUAUGAGAAGAGAUAUGGGAACCGUCUGGCUCCAAUGUUGGUGGAGCAGUGUGUGGACUUUAUCCGACAAAGGGGGCUGAAGGAAGAGGGUCUGUUCCGACUGCCAGGCCAGGCUAACCUCGUUAAGGAGCUCCAGGAUGCCUUUGACUGUGGAGAGAAGCCAUCAUUUGACAGCAACACAGAUGUACACACAGUGGCAUCACUUCUUAAACUGUAUCUCCGAGAACUUCCAGAACCAGUUAUUCCUUAUGCAAAGUAUGAAGAUUUUUUGUCCUGUGCCAAACUGCUCAGCAAGGAAGAGGAAGCUGGCAUUAAGGAAUUAGCAAAGCAGGUGAAGAGUUUGCCUGUGGUCAAUUACAACCUCCUGAAGUAUAUUUGCAGGUUCUUGGAUGAAGUGCAAUCCUAUUCUGGAGUUAACAAAAUGAGUGUGCAGAACUUGGCCACUGUCUUUGGCCCUAAUAUCCUGCGCCCUAAAGUGGAAGAUCCUUUGACCAUCAUGGAGGGCACGGUGGUGGUCCAGCAGUUGAUGUCAAUGAUGAUUAGCAAACAUGAUCGCCUCUUCCCCAAAGAUGCAGAACUGCAAAGCAAACCCCAAGAUGGCACGAGCAAUAACAACAAUGAAAUUCAGAAGAAAGCCACCAUGGGCCAGCUACAGAAUAAGGAGAACAAUAAUACCAAGGACAGUCCUGGUAGGCGGUGCUCUUGGGACAAGUCCGAGUCUCCCCAGAGAAGUGGUGUGGAUAAUGGAUCCCCCACAGCUCUACCAGGUAGUAAAACCAACAGCCCAAGGAACAGUGUUCACAAGCUGGACGUCUCUAGAAGCCCCCCUCUUAUGGUCAAAAAGAAUCCUGCUUUCAAUAAGGGCAGUGGGAUAGUCACCAAUGGGUCCUUCAGCAGCAGUAAUGCCGAAGGUCUGGAGAAAACCCAAACCACUCCCAAUGGGAGCUUACAGGCCAGAAGGACCUCUUCACUGAAGGGGUCUGGUACCAAAAUGGGCACCCACAGUGUACAGAAUGGAACAGUGAGAAUGGGCAUUUUGAACCCCGACAUGCUUGGGAACCCCGUGAACGGUCGCAGCAUGAGCUGGCUGCCCAAUGGCUACGUGACCCUGAGGGAUAACAAGCAGAAAGAACAAGCAGGGGAGUCAGGCCAGCACAACAGACUCUCCACCUAUGAUAACGUCCAUCAGCAGUUCUCCAUGAUGAACCUUGAUGACAAGCAGAGUGUCGACAGCGCCACCUGGUCCACUUCCUCCUGUGAAAUCUCCCUCCCGGAGAAUUCCAACUCCUGUCGCUCUUCCACCACCACCUGCCCAGAGCAAGACUUUUACGGGAGUAAUUUUGAGGACCCUGUUUUGGAUGGGCCCCCACAGGAUGACCUCUCCCACCCUGGCGACUAUGAAAACAAAAGUGACCGGAGGAGUGUGGGAGGUCGAAGCAGUCGUGCCACCAGCAGCAGCGACAACAGUGAGACAUUUGUGGGCAACAACACCAGCAACCACAGUGCCCUGCACAGUUUAGUGUCCAGCCUGAAACAGGAGAUGACCAAACAGAAGAUAGAGUAUGAGUCCAGGAUAAAGAGCUUAGAACAGCGAAACUUGACUUUGGAAACAGAAAUGAUGAGCCUCCAUGAUGAACUGGAUCAAGAAAGGAAAAAGUUCACAAUGAUAGAAAUCAAAAUGCGAAAUGCAGAGCGAGCAAAAGAAGAUGCAGAGAAAAGAAACGACAUGCUUCAGAAAGAAAUGGAGCAGUUUUUUUCCACUUUUGGGGAGCUGACAGUGGAACCCAGGAGAACCGAGAGAGGAAACACGAUAUGGAUCCAGUGAGCCCACUUUUUCCCGCUGUCUCCAAUGGAUCUGGGAAGGGCUCCGUGGUUCUGGUGGGAACAUUCUACGGGAUCAGGUGGCUGGUUCCUUGCUGUACAGUGCUCUAACUGGUGAAGGAAUAUCAUUUACAGACAUUACCCAUCCAUAUCUGCAAUGUGUACCAAAGUUCUAUCAUGCCCCAUAAUGCUACUGUCAAGUGUUACAACUGGAUUUGUGUAUAGAGAGUAGUUUUUAAAAAGUAAACUAAAAAUGAGAAGCAUAUCUCAAGAAUUAUUUUAUUGCAAGUCUUGUAUUUAAAAUGUUAAAUCAAUAUGUCGUUGCAAUUUAGCUUGCUUUCAAGCUUCACCCCUUGCACUUAACAUAAGCUAUUUUUGGCAUUGUGUUCUCAUCAGCUUAUUUUAUAGAUCAAUAUUUUUAUUUCCCCUCUUGCUGAGGAAAUGAAGAUGAGCAGAUAUAUAAAUAUAUAUAAAUAUAUAUCAGAUGAGUUAUUAAAAUCAAAAGAAUACUUUGUGGCUGUGCUGUUUGUGCCAAUAGACCUCGCCAUGACCAAAAAGAGAAAUGUAAUGGUUUUAUAAAAUACAAUAGAAUCACCAGAAACCUUUGA